AUGCAAGGCUACCCAUCCAAAAAGAACAAUUUCAUCAAACUGAAGCCGCCGCUCAAGAAGAAACCCAAGAAAAAGCCCGAGACCGAAGAUGAGUUCCCAAAAUUUGACUAUGGAUGGACUCCGGUGAUCAUCUUUGCGACGACGUGCCUACUAGUUCUCACCACUUUGUUCAAUGGAUACAUCAUUGAGGAUCAAGAGAAAGAGCUCUCGUAUUCAAAUAAAAUGCUCGAGAAGGGAGUCCAAGAAGAAGCCCAGCCGUCGUACCAUCAGUAUGUCGUGGAUCAGAUUGAUGAGGAGAUGAGGAAUAUUCGACGAGAGGAGAUGCCACCGAAGGAGAUGGAGAGUUCGGGAAAUUAA